CGUCGUGUGCGCUUGGUCGCAGACACGGCAGGCGGCGCUGCAAACACGGACAUCGCUCUCUCCCUAGCCAGAGCAUGCCAGCAAUUCGCUUGCGAUAGCCAUGAACGGCACGCGCAUUCUAGCGGCCGACGAGAUUUCCCCUUCUUGAGGAUCCACCCGCGCCCAGUCGUGUUUCUCUGUUGUUUAUCUUGGGCCUCGCAAAAGUGAUUGCUUUUCGUGUGUCACCCGAGCAUCAUCAUGGCUACCGGUGAGCUGGGCGCGCUGCUGCGAUCGAUCUCCCCCCUGUAUCUGAGCCUGUUCGUCAUCACGGCUUAUGUGGUCAUCGCGCGCCUUCGGCAGUACUAUCGUCUCAGCCAUUUCAAGGGUCCCGCUACUACAGGUAUCUCUUGGUGGUGGCACUCGAAGGCCGUUUUGAGCGGUCAGUCGCAGCGCUACUAUGGAGAUGUAACUGAGAAAUAUGGUCCGAUUGCGCGAGUGGCGCCUGAGCAUUUGAUAACGAGCGACCCAGAGAUAUGGGCUCACAUCAAUGGUAUUCGCUCGCCAUAUCGCAGAGCGCCAUGGUACUACCACGCAGCACGUUUCGAGCCCGGAAAAGACAACGUGUUCACCGAGUGUGACAACGACCGCCACGAUGCCCGACGAAAGAAAAUGUACGCUGGUUAUUCCGGCAAGGAAAAUCCAGGUCUGGAGCCAGCUAUCGACAGCCAUGUGCAAGAGCUGGUACAGCUUGUCCGAACAUACGCAUCGCAGCCUGCAUCAACGAAGCCACUCAAGGCGAUGGAUCUUGCCCAAAAGAUCCCCUUUUUCACUCUAGAUGUGAUCAGCCACAUUGGACUUGGGACACCAUUUGGCAACCUCACUUCUAACAAGGAUGUGAACGAUUACCUGAAGUCUUCUGAAGAAGGCCUCAAGAUCGGCAACACAGCUUUCGGCCUGGGACUAGGCUGGAUGCGAGAGACUCCAAUCAUCGGCCCUGCAAUCAGUCCUUCAGAAAAAGACCAGACCGGUUACGGCCGCAUGAUGCACGAAGCGCGCAAGAUAGUCGAUGCGCGCAGGUCGAAGUCAACAGAGGGCAAAUCAGAUAUGCUCGCCUCCUUCAUCCGCAAUGGUGUAUCUGGCGACGAUCUCUUCCAGGAAGCCUUUGAGCAGAUUCUCGCUGGCUCCGACACUACGGCUGCCGCGAUCCGGAUCAUCCUGCUCUAUGUCAUGAGCAAUCCCCGCGUAUACGCAAAGCUCCAGGCCGAAAUCGAUGAAGCAGUGAAAUCAGGCACCGCCCCCGCGUCUCCAUCUAUCAUCUCAGACUCCAAGGCACGCAAAAUGCCCUAUUUGUCCGCUGUCGUACGCGAAGGAAUGCGUAUUCACCCACCCGUCGCCAACCUCUUCUCCCGCGUCGCCCCCGACGCCGGCGACGUGGUCACCGUGCAAGGCAAAGAGUACUUCAUCCCUGGCGGCACUAUGGUCGGCUACUCCGCGUGGUCGAUGCACCGCAACAACCGCACGCUGUACGGCGAAGAUGCUGCAGUCUUCAGGCCCGAGCGCUGGUUCGUCGACGAGUCCCAUCCCGCUGAGAAAGACAGGCUGAAGCAGAUGAUCAAGACGAACGAUAUGGUGUUCGGAUACGGGAGGUGGGUGUGUCUGGGCCGCAAUAUUGCGUUGAUUGAAGUGCACAAGUGUAUUUUUGAACUGCUGAGGUGCUUCGAUCUUGCGCUGAGUAAUCCCACGCAGCCGUGGAAGACGCAUAAUAGUUUGGGAUUGUGGGAGAUUAAGGAUAUGUGGGUCGAUGUUACAGCGAGGUAGUGAUGAAAUCAUGCAGCGCGAUGGAUUCGAGUAAUGCGAUAUGAUGUGUAUGAUUCAUCGCUGCUCAUCGUUUUCGUUACGAGACUGGGUAUACGCAAAGAGAAUCCGACUUACCAAAGAAAGCGUUUGAGGUGAGAUCACAACUUAUAUCUUGCUUCUUUCAAAUACACCGUCGAUUAUUUUGCUUUCAUUUGGGAGAUCACUGGUUGUGGUAACACGUCGGUAUGUGGAAUCCUUACUGCUUGCCCACGAACAACACGGCUAACAUG